GUGCAAGUGCUGAAUUUUCUUAUUUUUUAAUUCAUAUUGCUCGUGCAUCAGAAGAUGAUUUAUUUCUGUCUGGUCUCUUACAAAUGAUUAAACAUGAAGCUAAUCUGGCUAACAAUCAAAACAUGAAUGAUAUGAAUUCGGAGUUAGUCGCAGCAUUGAAUGAGCUUCAAGUUGGAUAUGUAAACCGAAUGAAUGAAAUGAAAUCAAACAAAGAAUUGAAUAAUUUAUCAUUUAUUUAUAAACGAAUUAAUGACAUUAGUGAAUAUCCGAUUAUACGUGAGCAGUUGGCAGCUAUUAAAGCAGGAAGGAUGAGAAUUAUGAUGGAAAAUGAAUAUGAAGUACCAAAAAGAAACUAA